GUAAUCAACAGCACAAUGUCAAGGAUGUAAACACUGUAUAAAUAGUUGUAUAAAAUAUUAACAAGUUUAUCUGUCGCAGAGAUGUUUUGAAGACUUCGCGGGAGACAUCCUGAAAUAACGCGAUUUGUAGCAGCGGCGCGCGCGCACCCGCGCGGCGGCGCUGCCGUCGCCCGCGCUUAUCCGACGCCAUUUUCACACAGGCACCGAGCUUUCCCGCAGACAGAUCACCAAGCAUCCCCCGCAGCGGCAGCGCGACAAGACACGAGUCGUGUCUCAAGCUGCGGCGCCCUACGCACGUGCUCGCCCGUGUCUAGUGAUUGUGAACUUACACCAAACUUAAUCGCACCUAAAUAUUCAAAUGACUCUAAUUCAAAACCCGAGUGAAGCAAAAGGCGAAACAAUGGAGGGAUCCCCGGCCAAAGAGGACAGCGGCGCCAAGUCCUUGAGGCCCGUGAGAAACAGACGAUACACACGAAGGAGUCUAGUUGCAGGCCAGCGGCCUCAGAAAAGGUUAUUCACGCCAGAAAUAAAGCGGUAUUUAAAGGAUUGGCUAGUGCGUCGAAGAGACAAUCCCUAUCCUAAUCGAGAGGAAAAGAAAUACCUCGCGGAUGAAACAGGCCUUACCUACAUUCAGAUUUGCAACUGGUUCGCCAACUGGCGGCGCAAACUGAAAAACGUCAACGCGGAUCGAAACCAACAAACGUGGGGCCACCUCAUCCGCACAUACAACGACCGCGCUCAGGGCAACGUGGAGCAGUUCAGCAUCAGCUCCGACGACAGCAUCUGGAGCGAGCCAGAGCCCACCAGCUCCAACUACGAGUCACUAGACUUCGAGACUGAGCACGACAGCCCGGAACCACACUACCAAGAGGAGUCUGACUCCUCCAUAAAUUCUAAAGAGAAAUGCGAAUUUUUCAACAAUAACUACAGCGAGCAGCAAGAAUGUCUCGGCGAAUCGAAGAAAAUCACGAGUCCGUUACUCCUGAGCAAGUGGUUGGAGAGCGCAGCGAGGUUUCAGCCGAGUGAGAUGAACUAUUCGUGGUGGGCGGACGGGAAGCGGCGGCGGGUGGAGGCGCGCCCGCAGCGGGUCGUCAACACCACGUCGAGGCACGACCGGGACGAGGUGGAGGCGGCGGUGGCCCUCACGGCCCUUGCUAGCGCCACCACGCGCCUCAUUGCCCCAUAGAGCGUUCGUACUUACCACAACUCCUUUAUGUGAUUUCCUUCACUCCACACAAUGCAAAUGCAUUGAUAUGCGCUACUUGAUUGAUUAAUAUCCUGUGCUGCCAUAAUUCGACACCUUGCCACACGAGCUCUUUUAGAAACAAAUUAUAGAUUUUCUGAUUGAGGGAGAGAAGGGUAUUUUAGAUUAAUCUUAAGCAUUUUUUGUAACCAUUACCACUUCAAAAAAAACUUGUAUAAUAGAUAGGUACCUAUUUCUUCAGACAAUAAAUUUCUUGGUACUAAUAAAUUAUAUUUAACAUUAUCACACUGGUGCCGCAACUGGACGCGGCGACGUGGUGCGGGGGAGACAUCAUUGCCGUAUGAAUUUCCAACGCAUUUGACGCAAUGAUUUGAACUUCCCUUGCCUAAUUUAUUAUUAUGCCUAUAAAUCAUUAGUACCUAGUACCUACUGAUGUGGGCCCAAGUGGUUCGUGUAUUUAAAAUGCUUCAGUGACUACUGUAUUCAAACAUAUUUAUUAGUUUUAGACUUUUAUUAUAAGAAUGUUACGAUUUUAAAGGUGUGUGAUAUACAUAAGUAAUUACUAUAAAUAUUGUUGAAUUCACAAAAUGACUCAGUUUGGAAAUCUUUAUGAAUAUUGUUGAAAGUGUACUAGUAAAUCCAUGACAAAAAAUUCAUGACUACAUGUCUAAAUUUAUGUGCCAUUUUAAACAAGUUUUGCUCAACUUAUCUUUAAUAUUUAAGUAGCCUGAGUGACUGCCUAUUGCCUUGAUGUUAUAUGUGGGUAGAUUAGGUCAUUUUCGUUGUUUAAUUGAUCUCUUUUAGAUUAGACAUUAAGAUUUAAUGUAAAUUUAACACCUGCCAAAGAUUGCGUUUAAAGUUCCACAUUUAUUAUUAAAAUAAUAAGUUUCAUGUGACAGA